AUGUAUUUGUCGUCGCACAUUUACUACAUGUUCGGGUUUAAAGUCGCUGCGGUAAUGGAAGAUAAACCUCAGGAUAUCGAUCACAUAAUAUUCGUUAUUCAUGGGAUUGGUCAAAAGAGAGAUACCGGAAAGAUUAUUCGUAAUACAACUUUAUUCAGGGAUUGCGUAGAUUGGUUGAAACAGAAAUACUUUCCUAAUUCGAAUUACAGAGUUGAAUUUUUCCCCGUUGAAUGGCGAUCGUCGUUGAAACUCGACGGAGGUAUAGUAGAAGCUAUCACACCAUUUAGCGUAGUGAGCAUACGGCACUUGUUAAAUAACUCGGCAAUGGACAUACUCUACUAUACGAGUCCUCUUUACGGUGGGGAAGUAAGAGCAGGCUUGCAGAAAGAGUUGAAUAGAUUAUACUUCAUGUUCGCUAGUCGUCAUCCCGGAUGGAAAGGGAAAGUCUCGAUUCUAGCACACUCGUUGGGAUGCGUAAUCGUUUAUGAUAUCGUGACAGGUUGGAUGGGUCCGGAUACGAGACCGCCGUCCCCAGAGACUCAAGAAAUUUUCAAACAGCGAUUACAAUUUCCAAUUGAAAAUUUAUUUUGUUUGGGUUCUCCGCUAUCAGUAUUUCUCGCAUUACGUACACCUCUAUCGAACAAAACAGACGUGAUGCCUCAAGGUUUAUGCAAACGAUUUUACAAUAUAUUUCACUGGUCUGAUCCCGUAGCUUAUAGAAUGGAACCGCUCCUAGAGAGAGAAUAUAGCAAAAUUGAACCGGUUCUUAUACCACCGUACGGAGGAGGGGAGGGCCAACAAGCGGAACAGCCGGCUCCAACGAUAACUAACGCCGACCAACCUUUUCCUACUUCAGUUGCAGACACCGAUGAGAGAGACGAAAAUCCUGUAGAUAUAUCUAAUCGUACGCCGGACAAAGGUUGGAGUCUUUGGGGAUUAGUUCGAGCUGGCUGGAACGUUAAGGAAGGUGUUCCUACGUCUAUCCAACCGGACCAAGAAUUAACAGAACGAUUGGAUUACGUGCUCCGAGCGAGUUUAGGAAGAAAUUACUUAUACACAUUAGCAGCUCAUACAACGUAUUGGAGCAAUUACGACGUAGCCUACUUUGUGCUAACACGACUAUUCCCAACGUUAGAAACGUGAUGUUGGUUUGUACAUCUAUUUAAAACGGAAUGCAAUUAGAUUCUACGAAAAUUUACUAGUCCACUAGUAGGCCUUUAACUAAAAUUCAAUAUCUUAAGUAGGCCUACCGACAAAACGAUCUGUGAUAAUGGGGGAAAAAAAGGAUACAAUAAUAUCGUAGAUUAUACGCAAUUGUUUUAUAUCGCUCGCAUAAUUUAACAUUAGCACGGUCGAGUUUCACAUCCAAAAAAAAAGACAAACAAAUAACGAAAUACGAUUUUGCCUCAGAGCCUGAAUCAGAGUCGACUUUACGUAUUCUAAAAUAUUGCCUGUUUAUAACACGCAUAUCAUUCCACGAUUUAGCCACUCCAGCCCCCUGAGAAAUAGAUUACUUCUCAUAAUUUUAUAUGGGAAUAUCGUGAAUAAUUUAAUAGAAAAUCUGUUUCAGGGUAUUCAUACAUUGAAACGUAAUUUUAAAGCUUGAAGAAUAAAAUUCCAAGUGAAUUGUGAAUUCCAAAAAAUUGUAUUCCCAUAAAAAGAUGACAAUUAUUUUUCUGGGCACUUGAGUGGCACCCCCAUAAACGAUAGGAUGAAUAUACAAUUAUUUAAAUGAUCGAAUCAUUUUGUUGUUGGUUAUUAGCAAAUUUAUUUUGAUUAAAGAAACA